CACGCUAACAACUGUGUAAAAUCACGAGCCAUCGGAAUUGAUAAGAUCAUCAGCAAAUUAAAGGGUGAUCCUAUCAUAGAUAAAAAAGACUUGGGUGACUUCUCAACUCGAAGUGGUGACUCGGCCGAAGAUGGGUUUAAAGAUUUUGAAACAAGGAAUAGUACAGGACCAUACGCAAGUCGAAGGUUGCCCUUAUCUAUUUCCCACAUAAAUGAUAUUUCGGAAGAGGAUGAAGAAUAUGACGAUCUAAGUAUG